GGAAGCGCGCCUCGGACGCUCGCUCGGGGGGGUCGGCGGAUCCAUGAUCGUGAGGGGACGGCGAGUGGAGGAACGGCGAGGGAGAAUCGGGAAAUUGGAGCUGCGAGUAUUUUCUUGACGAGGAGGCGAUGCGAGAAUAUUUCGAGGAGGCAGGACGAGCAGCAUAGGUAGCGCAGCGCGGCCCAGCUAGACGCAGAAGCGAGCGAGCAAGGGAGCGGGUGCCUGCAUCGCAUCGAGCGAGGUGCGCAGCAGGCGGGACGAGGAGGAGGAGGAGGUGUGCCAGACACGAGAGGAGGAGCAGAGUUUCGCGAGACGGAGCGGAAGCCGAUGCAGACGACGACGGACCAGCUGGGCUUGCAGCUGAGCUCUUAUCGGUCGUUGCUUUAGGUCAUUUGCCCCUGCAGGUUUGUACUGGAAGGUAGAUAACUGAAAAGAACGUGGUCUCAAGACACGCCGAUAUCAUUGCCAAGGUUAGAUCUGGAGAGGGAAGCGCUCUUUCAGGGACGAAACUCUGGAGCCUAGGUCGGGAAGCUCCAUGAUGUGCAGAUCGAGCCGUUUCUCAGCCCAGUAGUGAAUCACAUUUCCUCUUCGUUUUGACCUGAAACCCUCGAUUGGUCUCUUGUUUCUCAAGAUGGGUAAGCCUGUGCCGUCAGGCACGCUCAGGCUCUAUGCCGUGAUUGGCAUUGUAUGCUGUCUCGGCCUCUUCGCUCCUCGAAUAGUGCAUGGAUUCUAUCUACCCGGAAGCUACAUGCACCCGUACGGCGACGGGGACUCUAUCUCGGUGAAAGUGAAUUCUUUGACAUCGAUCGACACGGAACUUCCCUUCGGCUACUACACUCUUCCCUUCUGCCAGCCCGAGCAAGGAGUGAAACAGGUUACAGAGAAUCUUGGAGAGCUCCUGAUGGGGGAUAGAAUUGAGAAUUCGCCGUACAUCUUCAAAAUGAAUGUAAAUCAGUCCAGCCUGAUGCUGUGUCUGGGACAUGCACUUGAUGACAAUGAAGUUAAGCACUUCAGGCAGAGAAUUGAUGACUAUUAUCAGAUCAAUCUCAUCCUGGACAAUCUGCCAGUCACCAGGUACACUAAGCCCAAAGACUCGGAGCUUGUCCUCCGGUGGACCGGUUUCCCGAUUGGGUUCUCGAUCGACAAGAAGUACUAUAUCUACAAUCACCUCAAAUUCAAGGUACUCGUUCACGAGUACGAAGACGCAGGUAUCGGUCAAGUCAUGGGUACGGGGGAUGGAAUUGACACUUUUCCAACGGAGAACGGUGGCAAGAAGUCUGGUUCCCUGAUUGUGGGAUUCGAGGUGAUUCCUUGCAGCGUCACACAUCCAGAUCCAAGGGAUGCACAGGUCGGGAAUUACGGAACUCUUGCCCCUAUCAGUUGCGGUACAGACUCAGACACCCCUUACCAGGAAAUCAAAGUCGGUCAAAGCAUCGUGUACUCGUACGAUGUCACCUUCGUGAAAAGCGAAAUCAGAUGGCCCAGUCGUUGGGACGCAUUCUUGAAGAUGGAAGGUGCCAGAGUACACUGGUUCUCGAUCUUGAACUCCCUUAUGGUGAUUUCAUUCCUGGCCGGUAUUGUGUUCGUUAUCUUCUUGAGAACCGUGCGUAGGGAUUUGACGAAGUACGAGGAGCUGGACAAGGAGGCCCAGGCUCAGAUGACCGAGGAGCUCUCCGGUUGGAAGUUAGUCGUCGGAGAUGUUUUUCGCGCUCCCGCACACACUUCUUUGCUCUGUGUAAUGGUUGGUGACGGAGUGCAGAUUACUGGAAUGGCAAUCGUCACCAUACUCUUUGCUGCUUUCGGGUUCAUGUCUCCUGCUUCAAGGGGCAUGCUUCUUACUGGAAUGGUUCUCCUCUACCUGUUUUUGGGUAUUGCUGCCGGUUACGUGGCAUCCAGAUUAUGGCGCACCUUGAAGGGGGAUCCCAAGGGCUGGAGAUCGAUAUCUUGGAAGGUUGCUUGUUUCUUCCCUGGAAUUACCUUCUCAGUUCUUACUGUGCUCAACUCCCUUCUAUGGGCUUACGGCAGCACCGGAGCAAUCCCCAUCUCACUCUUCUUUAUUUUGUUGGCACUUUGGUUCUGCAUCUCCGUGCCUUUGACCCUCUUGGGAGGAUUCCUCGGCGCAAGAGCGGAGCAGAUUCAGUACCCUGUCCGCACCAACCAGAUUCCCCGCGAAGUCCCACUACAAAAGUACCCGUCAUGGCUUCUGGUUCUCGGAGCCGGGACCCUGCCUUUCGGAACACUCUUCAUCGAGCUUUUCUUCAUUAUGUCCAGCAUCUGGAUGGGAAGAGUUUACUACGUGUUUGGGUUCUUGUUCGUCGUAUUGGUCUUGCUUGUCAUCGUGUGCGCAGAAGUCUCGGUUGUGCUCACCUACAUGCAUCUUUGUGUGGAGGAUUGGCGUUGGUGGUGGAAAUCAUUUUUCGCCUCCGGCUCGGUUGCAGUAUACGUUUUCCUCUACUCUAUCAACUAUCUACUUUUCGACCUGCAUGUUAACGGCACGGUGUCUGCAGUUCUGUACAUUGGAUACUCUUUGCUCAUGGCGUUGGCGAUCAUGCUUGCAACAGGAACCAUUGGCUUCCUUGCAUCAUUCUACUUCGUGCAUUACCUCUUUUCUUCAGUCAAACUUGAUUAAGGUCCACCUUUGGAGAUAUAAAACCUUUUCUUUACUGCAAACGUGAGGACUAAGCUUAUGAGGUAGAGAGGCCACCUCUCUAGGGAAAAAAACUUCAUUUCAAGUGCUCCUCGUAACUCGCAAGGGCAUAGGUAUAGGGCUUAUCAGGAAAUUUUAAGGAACCUAGGUGACAGCGUCCAUGGCAGAGCUGGAAGAGUGUUAGAAACUCUUCUCUGUAACAUGAGUUUCGCAGGUUAGUACCAGUAUGGUUUGUCAUGCUGUCAAUUUUUUCAAGGUCUAUGAACACCUUCCACUAUUUUAUUUCCAAAUGUGCAGGCUUUUCUCUGUUGGUUGGAUCUCGUCGGUCAACUUGGAGAUCAUAGACAGAUCUCUUUGUAAUCUAUGUACUGCUCAUCUGUCCCAUGAGUGGAAUGGCUUGUUAAGUGGCGAGUUUUUUGAUGACACUAUUACACUGUUUUGAUUGCAAUCUAUUGGCAC